GCCAUCACUGGGCUGCACCAUCGUGGGAUGGUCCCCUCCCCACCUACCAGGUGGUGGGCGAUGACUCUUUAAAGAGACAGCAUGCUAAGGACCUGGCAUCUUGUCAGCUCCCCACUUAGUCCCAGGAGAGAGACAGGAAAGACCCCCUCGAGGGAGGCCCAGGGCAGGGCCCACUCUCUGUGGGCCACUGCCCCCUUCAUGGAGUCCAGGGAGGGCUCCCAGGAAGGAAUGUUUGUCCGUUUGCUUCGGAGCUUCCGCUUUCCAGUGCGGGACCAAGGCCCCAGGGAGCCCUUCUGCAGCCCUGUUUUCUCAAAACCCAACCAGCUGCUCUGCCCAGCACUUGCCGGGCAUCAGCUGUGCAGGGAAGCUGGAAUCCGACCCCUGGCGCUGGGCCUGGUCUCCAUGGCAGCUGCGGGUUUAUUACAGGGGCCUCCACCCAGCUUGGCGGACUUUCGACUUGAAGCACGGAGGAAGGAAACCAGGAGGGCAGUCCUGGGAGCGGGGAGCCCAGGGUGCAGCCGCAGGCCCCGAGAUGGUAAGAGGGGGCCUGCCAAGUUUUUUUCUCAGGACCAAAUUAAUGAGUACAAGGAAUGCUUCUCCCUGUACGACAAGCAGCAGCGGGGGAAGAUUAAAGCUACCGACCUCCUGGUAGUGAUGAGGUGCCUGGGGGCCAGCCCGACCCCCGGGGAGGCGCAGCGGCAUCUGCAGACUCAUGGGAUAGACAAAAAUGGAGAGCUGGAAUUCUCCACUUUCCUGACCAUUAUGCACACGCAAAUAAAACAAGAGGACCCAAAGAAAGAAAUUCUUUUGGCCAUGUUGAUGGCGGACAAGGAGAAGAAAGGCUACAUCAUGGCGUCCGAGCUGCGGUCAAAACUCACGAAACUGGGGGAGAAGCUCACCCACAAGGAAGUGGAUGAUCUUUUCAGGGAAGCAAAUAUCGAACCAAACGGCAAAGUGAAGUAUGAUGAGUUCAUCCACAAGAUCGCCACCCCUGUGCGAGACUACUGAACGAAGAGAAUGUGAGACAGCCUCCCCGGCCUGCAAAAAUCGGAUGAGUUUUAAAGGAAGGUGUUCCUUUCACUCCAGGCAGCGAGAUGACAUCAUCUAACUGUAGCAGAGGAUAACUUAGCAGAUGAAAUGAUUUGGGCCAUGGAAUUAGCAUGCCUUCAAUAAAAGAUUUUUAUUCAUUUUAA